UUCCCUUCGUUUACUUUUAUCAGCCCUUCCCGAAGAAGACACACCCAUAAUUUUCAAGGGUUUUUCAAUCCGAUUCAAUGCGGAAUUCGUCGCUUACGUGUUGAAAGCUCUCUGCGCCGCGUCUAUGCUGGAUUCCCCCAUAGAAUAAUUUUUGUUUAUUUUCAGCGAGUUCUGUCAAUGGAAGUGGUUCGAGUUGUGGGCUUCCCUUGAGUUGGAUUCGAAUUGGGGAGUUCAAGAAGGUACAAGGUUUAUUUUCUGGAACAAAGCUACCUUAGGCACAACAAAUUCCUCCUCAAAAGUAGCAAUGGGUGACGAAGCUUUCAAUGAGAGUAUACUGACAGAAAAGCUAUCUAAACUCAACAGUUCUCAGCAAAGUAUAGAAUCUUUAUCACGUUGGUGUGUCUCUCACCGCAAAAAGGCCAAACAAGUUGUUGAAACAUGGGAGACACUAUUUAACUCUGCACCUCGGGGGCAACAAAUAUCCCUGUUAUACUUGGCCAAUGACAUCCUGCAAAAUAGCAGGCGAAAAGGCAGUGAAUUUGUCAAUGAAUUCUGGAAGGUUCUUCCUACGGCACUGAAGCAUGUUUAUGAUAGUGGUGAAGAAAAUUACAGAAAAGUUGCCAACAGGCUGGUUGAUAUUUGGCUAGAAAGAAAAGUUUUUGGUUCUAGGGGCCAAAAUCUCAAGAAUGUAAUGCUGGGUCAGAAUCCACCUCCUCCCAAAAACUCUCCGACUAAGAAUCCUUCAUCUUCUAUCAAUGGAAAGAAUGCGAAUCCCAUCAAGCUUCUGAAGAGAGAUAACAACUCUUUGAGAAUUAAACUAGCUGUAGGAGGCUUGCCAGAAAAGAUUUUAUCUGCUUUCCAUUUGGUGCACGAUGAGAUUGCCGAUGAGGAAGUGACCUUAGAAAAAUGUAGAACUGCUGUUUCUUGUGUACAAGAAAUUGAGAAAGAAUUUGCAAUUCAAGGAAGCCAGCUGGGACCUGAUGCUGUAGAUAACAUACAUCAACAGGAGAACACACUUGAGCAAUGCAUUAGCCAACUCGAAAAAUUUGAGGGAAAUAGAGCUGCUUUGGCUUCCCAGCUUAGAGAAGCAAUUCAAGAUCAAGAAUCAAAGCUGGAGCUGAUUCAGAGCGAGUUACUUGUUGCUCAAGGUCAGAUCGAACGAGCAGCUAAUGUCCGAAUCAAGCUAACAUCAACCUUCUCGGCUCCAUCCACAAACCAAGUACUACCCGAGCCAACCUUCCCUCCACCUGCCCAGCCACCGACCAAUCCUGCAGCGCGCACAUUGUCGACAACAACACUAAAUCCCUCAAUUUCCGACGAGGAGAGCAAGAGGGCCGUGGCAGCCGCAGUUGCUGCCAAACUUACAGCGUCAACAUCCUCUGCCGAGAUGCUCACAUCCGUCCUAUCCUCCCUUGUCGCCGAAGAGGUCGCAUCAAUGAGCAACAGCAGCUUCAAAAGGCCCAAGCUAGAGAAGCCUGCGCCAUUUUCCGACACAAGAACUUCAGAUGGAUCGGCAAAUUCCAACUACUUCCCGACAACUCAACAAGCAGCGGCGCAGUCGAGCACACAGGCACUCUCCCAGAUGAACCAGCUACAGGCGCCGUUUGUCCUGCCUCCGCCCCUACCCCUCGGUGCGCCUUCUUCCUCCUCGCCUGCAACUCAGUUCCCGUAUGGCUAUGCUGCCGGAAACUUACCUCCUCCGCCACUGUUAUACCGGCCUCCGCCUCAGCAGUACAACCCUGUGGGGAUUGGAUUUUACGGGCAAAACCAUCAGGCCCCGGUGCAGCGACAGUGAAAUGGAUGGAUCUUGUGUUGUAACAUGACGACAAGAAGUUAAAAAGUAUAGUAUAGUAUAGAUAAGAGUGAUAGAGAGUAGGCUUUAGAUGGACUUUUUUGUAGCAGAAUGAAUAUGUAACCAACAUCUUCUUGCAUUGCAUUGCAGCUCCAGCCUUGAAGGCUUUUCGCAUACUUUUAUGUCUCAAUUACCUAUGCCUUGCUU